AUGCUGCCCUCUCCAGCAUGUAUCGACCUGGAUCGUGUUGAGCGGGGCGAGGCGACAGAGACCGUGGCAGACAUGGGCAAGUCGAGACGCAGCAGAGGCAAGGCCGCCGCCGGCCAUCGGGCAGACCCCAUCGCCAAACCCGUCAAGCCGCCCUCCGACCCGGAGCUCGCGGCCCUCCGGGAGAAGAGCAUCCUCCCCGUGCUCAAGGACCUCCAGAGCCCCGAGCCAAAGUCCCGGACCACCGCGGCCGGCGCCAUCGCCAACAUCAUCCAGGACCAAAAGUGCCGCAAGUUGCUCCUUCGCGAGCAGGUCGUCCAGAUCGUGCUCAAGGAGACCCUCACCGACGCCAGCCUCGAGAGCAGGGCCGCCGGCUGGGAGAUCCUGCGGGUGCUGGUGGCCGAGGAGGAGGCCGAUUUCUGCGUGCACUUGUACAGAGUUGAUGUGUUAACUGCGAUUCACCAUGCCGCGAAGAAGCUCAACGAGAGCAUCUCGUCACAAUCGCCGGCAUUCACAAAGCUCACAAAGGCAGAGCAGUCGUUCCAUUGGAUCAUUGCAGAGGCCCUGGCUGCCAUUCUCGAAGGUCUUGCCGAGGCGCAGGACGAGGCACUUGCGGGCAUCGCCCAGGACGAGGCCAUCGUGACGAUGCUCUUCAACCUGGUCGCCGCCGACUUCACCACCGCCGAAGUGCUCAACAGCACGCUGUCGUGCAUGCUGACCCUGUCCGAGGACAACAGGCAAUUUGUCGAGAUCCUCUUGGCCGACGGUACCACCGGCAACGGCCAAAAGACCGGCUGCUACGAGAACCUCGCGGCCCUGCAGCGUGGCGACGGGAUGAAGGCCGUGCUCGCGUGCGGAGUGCUGCACAACGUCUUCUCCGUCAUGGGCUGGCACGACCAGAACCCCGGCCGGGAUGGCGGGUGCGAUGCCGCGCUCAUCCCGACGCUCGCCUCCACUCUAGAGCGCACAGAGCUGGGCAAGCCUGGAGACGGUGCCGACAGCAACGAGCCCGGCUCGUCAAGUCCCGUCGAGGUUCUCAGGCUGGCCCUGGAGAUCCUCGCGUCCAUGGGCACCGCCCUGCAGCAGGCCCUGGAGAGCAACGCCAAGGCUGCCGACGAGCCCUGGGACGGUAUCAAGGACGACGGCAAGGAGGACGACGUAAUGCAAGGCGACGACAUCAACGAUGGCAAGUCUGAAGACGGCAAGGACGAGGAUGGAGACGAGGAGGACGAUGACGAUGACGACGAUGACGAAAUGAACCAGGACGAGCUCGAGGCCGACAUGGAGAUGGUCACUGGCGCAGAUGACUACCCAGACGAGGCGUCAGGAAUCGACGACCUGCCGACGCUGCGGGAGCUCAUCCACAAUGCCGUGCCCAAGAUCAUCAAAGUCUGCCAGACAACCCUGAAGACCAAGGAGGAGGACGAGUCGGCAAGCAUAGUGCGUAGCUGCGCCUUCAACGCGCUGAACAACAUCUCCUGGACCAUCUCGUGCAUCGACUUCUCAGAUCCACAGAACAGCCCGAUCCAGACCGCCUGGCUACCCGCCGCGCGCGCCAUCUGGAAGGACGCCAUCGCGCCCGUUCUCGCGAGCGACACAUCCGACGUCGACCUCGCGACAAGCGUGACGAGCCUGGCGUGGGCGAUUUCGCGCGCUCUUCACGAGGAGGGCCUGCUCCACGGCGAGCAGAAGAAGUUUAUUUCACUAUACCAUGCCUCGCAGAACCUGGCUGCUCCUCCGAGCGAAGGCGCCCAGCAGGAGGACGAGGAUCCCUUCCAGAGCCUCGGCGUCAAGUGUGUUGGCGUGCUUGGCCAGCUCGCGCAGGACCCGGCGCCGGUCGAGCUCAACCGAGAGAUUGGAGUGUUCCUCAUCACCGUGGUGGCGUCCUUACCGGAAACGCAACCUGCCAGUGCCGUGGAGGCGCUUAACCAGCUGUUUGACAUUUACGGAGACGAGGACAAGGCCUGUGACAAAGAGGUCUUCUGGAAGGAUAACUUUCUGCCGCACUUUGAGGCCAUGCUUCCCAAGCUGAGGGCCAUGGUCAAGAAGAUUGACAAGCGAGCCUCUGCGGAACUCCGGACACGGGCGGAUGAGACGGUGCUCAACUUGCAGCGCUUCAUUUCGUAUAAGAAGAAGCACCACCCGUAA